AUGCUCCGCGCGUCCGUGGCAACUGCGGCCGGCGGCCUUGUGCCCGGAUUGCGCACGUCGGCAGCGGCGGCAUUCCCAGUCCUAUCAAGCUCUGUAUCUAAUCUCAUUUGGCUUACAGUCUCAAUGUACAGUCACAUAUCGUUGUGCAAUACCAAGCUCUUCUGCAUCAGAUGCGCACUUUUGAUUUGUGAUCGGACGGAGAAGAAGGUACUUUCCAACAUUUACCGUAAUUGGUCUGCCCGGGACGGGUACCUUUCCUGCUCGGCGCAGCGCCCCGUCUCGGUCGCGCUGAUGACCGGCAGCGACACGGUCAGGCUCAACGGCGCCGGGGAGCGCUACUUCAUCUGCGGCGCGCCGGGGCACUGCGCCGCCGGGAUGAAGCUGCAGGUCCGGGUCAUCAGCGGCGGGCGACGCCGGGUGCGCUAG